GGGCGCGCAGGGCCGCGCAGGGCCGCGCGGGGCGGGGUGUGCGCGGGGCCGCCCGGGCCGCGUCACGCGGAGGGCCGGCUCUCCGCGGCCGCGCUGCCCGCGGGCCGGCCCGGCCCCGGCGCCGUUAUUUAAAGUCGGUCCGUGCCCGCCCCGCCGCUGGCCGGGGGGCGGCGGGGCGGCGCGUCGUGUCGCGGCGGGGCGCUGCGCUGCGCGGAGCCGUGCGGUGGUGCGCGGAGCCGCUGGCUGCUGCCUGCAUGAGAGCGGCCACCGAAGAGACAGGGAAAGAAAGAAGAGGAGGAGGAGGAGGAGGGAGGGAUCGCCGCAAGUUCAGGUUUGGUACCAAGUUGGAGCUGGGCUAGCGGGCGUGGAUAGGAGAUGGAUAAGGAUGAGAUCCACCUGCGCAGGCUGCCGCCCGCAGCGCCCUGGGGACCGCCAAGGGGCUGAUCAAAGUGACCUCCAUGAAUUUUUCUGGUCUCUGCUGGUGGCAUGAAAGGACAGGUGUCUGCAGCUACGUCCAUGCGCUGAAGACCAGUACUUCAGCGCUGAAGGCUGCCAGAUCAUCUUGUGUGAUUCCUUCUUCGUGUCUUGGAGUAACAGACGCAGACAGUGAGUUUCAUGGGGUGGAAUUUCUGCCAGAAGGUCUCAGUGGGGCCCCAAACAAGAUAGGAAUGAGGGUGAACGAAAAAUAUUCCUGUCUACCCGCCGAGGAGAAGGGGAUCCACAUUAUCAACAUCCGAGCUAUUGAAGAUAUUGGAUAUGUCCAGCAUGAAAGUACACUGUUAAAUUCGCUAUCCAGAGAUCCGGAUGCGGACUGCAAAUAUGGACUCUACUUUAGAGACGGCAAGAGAAAAGUGGAUUACAUCCUAGUUUAUCAUUACAAGAAGUCCUCAGCAGGGAGGACACUCGCCAGGCGAAUUCAUCACAAUGAUUCAAGUGCCCGAAGCACCAAGCAGGAUCAGCCGCUUCCUGGGAAGGGAGUGCACCUGGAGAUGGAAAACGAGCCUCACGUGGACUACCACGAGGACGACAAGAGGUUUCGCCGGGAGGAGUACGAAGGAAACCUCAUGGAGGCUGGUCUGGAACUGGAACGAGAUGAGGAUACUAAAAUCCAUGGGGUUGGAUUUGUAAAAAUACACGCACCGUGGAAUGUGUUGUGUCGGGAGGCAGAAUUUCUGAAGCUCAAGAUGCCCACAAAAAAGAUGUAUGAGAUCAACCAGACCCACGGUCUUCUGAAAAAGAUUAAUUCUGUGAUUCAAAAAAUAACAGAACCCAUCCAACCAAAAGUAGCAGAACACAAACCGCAGACAGUGAAACGCCUCUCCUACCCAUUCUCCAGAGAGAAACAACACCUAUUUGAUUUGUCUGACAGAGAUUCCUUCUUUGACAGCAAAACUAGAAGCACUAUAGUUUAUGAAAUAUUGAAAAGAACAACGUGUACCAAAGCAAAAUAUAGCAUGGGGAAAGGAGAGGGAAGAAAGAAGGAAACUACACUUUUAAAUAAAAGACGAAAAUGUGAUAAAUAUGGGAUCACCAGCCUGCUUGCCAAUGGAGUUUACAGUGCUGCAUAUCCUUUGCAUGAUGGUGACUAUGAAGGUGAAAACGUUGAACCUAAUGACAGAAAACUCCUGUGUGAGGAGUGGGCAAGCUAUGGAGUCUUUUAUAAAUAUCAGCCCAUUGACCUGGUGAGAAAAUACUUUGGAGAGAAGAUUGGACUGUAUUUUGCCUGGCUGGGAGUUUAUACACAAAUGCUUAUUCCAGCUUCAAUUGUAGGGAUUAUUGUUUUUCUUUAUGGCUGUGCAACUGUGGAUGAGAAUAUACCAAGUAUGGAAAUGUGCGACCAGAGAAACAAUAUCACCAUGUGUCCCUUAUGUGACAGAACAUGCAGUUACUGGAAAAUGAGUUCUGCUUGUGCAACUGCUCGUGCAAGUCAUCUGUUUGAUAACCCUGCAACUGUCUUCUUCUCUGUCUUCAUGGCUCUCUGGGCUGCUACAUUUAUGGAACACUGGAAGAGAAAACAGAUGCGUCUCAACUACAGGUGGGACCUGACUGGGUUUGAAGAGGAGGAGGAGGCAGUCAAGGAUCAUCCAAGAGCAGAAUAUGAAGCUAAAGUUUUAGAAAAAUCACUGCGAAGAGAAUACAAACAUAAAGAGACCGAUAAAGAAAAACUGACAUGGAAGGAUCGUUUUCCAGCCUAUCUCACCAAUUUUGUUGGCAUUAUCUUCAUGGUCGGGCUGACAUUUGCUAUCGUGUUUGGAGUCAUAAUAUACAGAAUCUCGACUGCAGCAGCUUUAGCAAUCAGUUCAACUCCAUCUGGCCGGUCAAGCGUUAGGGUCACUGUCACUGCCACUGCCGUCAUUAUCAAUUUGGUCGUCAUCAUCAUCCUGGAUGAAGUAUACGGCUGCAUAGCAAGGUGGCUAACUCAGAUUGAGGUUCCAAAAACUGACAAGAAUUUCGAAGAGCGUCUGAUUUUUAAGGCUUUCCUUCUGAAAUUCGUCAAUGCCUAUACGCCCAUUUUCUACGUCGCUUUCUUCAAAGGCCGGUUUGUUGGACGUCCAGGAGACUAUGUCUACAUUUUCCAUUCUUUCCGCAUGGAAGAGUGCGCUCCUGGCGGCUGCCUAAUGGAGUUGUGUAUCCAGCUCAGUAUUAUCAUGUUGGGCAAACAGCUGAUUCAAAACAAUUUAUUUGAGAUUGGCAUCCCAAAAAUGAAGAAAUUUAUAAGAUACAUGAAAUUAAAGCGUCGACGUUCUUUAGACCACGAAGAACACAUGAAAAAAAAGCAACGUUAUGAAGUGGACUAUAACCUGGAGCCUUUUGCUGGACUUACCCCUGAAUAUAUGGAAAUGAUUAUUCAGUUUGGAUUUGUAACCUUGUUUGUUGCAUCCUUCCCACUGGCUCCACUGUUUGCUUUGUUGAACAACAUCAUUGAGAUCCGUCUAGAUGCAAAAAAAUUUGUUACUGAGCUGAGGAGACCAGUAGCAGUCAGAGCAAAGGAUAUAGGAAUCUGGUAUAAUAUCCUCAGAGGUAUAGGAAAGCUUGCCGUCAUAAUAAAUGCAUUUGUGAUCUCAUUCACAUCUGACUUCAUUCCACGCCUCGUGUACCUGUAUAUGUACAGUGAGAAUGGCACCAUGCAUGGCUUCGUGAACCAUACACUAUCCUCUUUUAAUGUCAGCGAUUUUCAAGCAGGAACAGCUCCAAAUGACCCUAUGGAUCUUGGCUACGAGGUCCAGAUAUGCAGAUACAAAGAUUAUCGAGAACCUCCUUGGUCUGAAAACAAGUACGACAUUUCAAAGGAUUUCUGGGCUGUCCUAGCAGCAAGAUUAGCAUUUGUGAUAGUUUUCCAGAACUUGGUCAUGUUUAUGAGUGACUUUGUUGACUGGAUUAUCCCAGACAUUCCCAAGGACAUUAGUCAGCAGAUUCAUAAAGAGAAAGUUCUCAUGGUGGAGGUCUUCAUGAGAGAAGAGCAAGGAAAGCUGCAAAUGCUAGAAACCUGGAAAGAUAAGGACACAAAAAAAGGUGAAAACUGUAACAGUCACAGCCCCAGACUCUCCAGGAGCCACAGUGGGAGCUUGCCCUCCUGCCAUUCGUAUCCCGUUGACGUAUAGAAGAGGAGGGAGUUGAGCGUAUCGGGGCAUUCCACUGAUGAACAGGCAAUCAUGGAAAGGGCAGGACUUCAUUAAGAAUGGACGACCUGGUGCAUGUUUAAGGAUGUGCUGCCAUUUUGCGCCCAUCUUUGUGAGAAAUGCUCUUCUUACAAAUAUGGAGGACCACGUUCUAUUUCUGAUCUUUUUUUUUUUCCUUUUGCACAAGCAGUAAUGCAGGGAAUUUUUAUAUUUCAUCGUUAGAUAACACUAUUGAUGUUGGUGUGCAUUAAUAAAUGCAGGUACUUAGUACAUCUUGAUAGAGAUAUUCUCUGAGAAUUUGACCUUAGCCUAUUAAUUAAGUAAAUAAGGGUAAAUUUUAAGUAAUAAUACUAAUAAUAAUUUAAAAUAUUUUUGGAACCCCAGGCUUGAAGGUCUGUGGGGCAACUCUACAAAGUAUAUUCAAAGCAGUUUUAGAGUGUGCUUUCAUAUUCCCUUUGGCAGGAAGAGAGAAACGAUAUAAAGCUUACCAGGCUAAUUCACUUUCAAAGAUAUGGUUUAGCUCUGCUGACAGACUUCUGUAUUUGAACCUGCAGGUCCAAGACAAAGCUGCCAUUGAGUCAGCUAAGGCGUAGAGAGAAACAAAUGUGUGGGGCACUUGUGGUAACUUGCUGUGUACUCGAGACUUCCACUGGGGCACUGUUCUGUUCAGAAACACCAGAAAAUUGCAUCAAAAUUGAAUGCCUUUAUCUUCAUCCCAGUUCUGAGACCAUGGAAAGCCGCUUGCUUCCCAGAAAAGCUGUUUUUACCAAUGAACAACUAAUGUGGAUGAAGCUACCUCAGUGCCCCAGCCUGCACCAUAUGCGUUUGAGCAAUGCCCUUGAGAUUCCCUGCUAGUAGCAACGCAGCAGCAGCACAAUUUCUGAGAACCUCCCAGCAGGUAGAUUAUCACAGCGCAUUUUGUUAAAUGCCCUGAAUUAAUGAGCACAUGUAGAACUACAGUGUCUCACACUGCCCUGCCUAGUACUUGGACACUGUUGUUCCUGAGGAGUUACACAUUUUCCCAUUAUAUUAGCACAUCCCUUCCUUAGCCAGGUUUUUCUCUGUAGCCCUGUGUUCUCUGCAGGAGAAGGGAGUCCACACCCAUUUUCACGGCCAGUUGCCCCUGCACACUUUGCUAUUGAAUGGCAUCUCCCAGAAGCCAUGCCAGAAGGGGUAAAUCCAAACCAUAUACCACAUACUGUCUUCAGUGGAAGUUUUGCCUGCACUGGGGCUACAGGACCAGACCUUCAGUUACAGGACUUUUAUUUUGUCUUAAAAUACCCUAGCUUUUGUACAAGGAACUUCCUUAAAGUGUAACUUACUUAUGAAGCCUAUCUAAAUCUCAUCAGUGCAACUCUUUUUAUGUAUCGUACAUUUUAGUUUUGCUUUGUCAAUGAUAAACUGCACUUCCAAAGAAUAUUGGUGCAAUUAAUCUCAUUUCUUUUAUUGCUGUCUUGUCCAUGGCACUUACGUAACAAGUAUAAAACUGAAGAAUAAAAUAAAAACUAAAGAUGUUCUUUAAAGUCUAACUACUGUAUGGUUUGUUACAAAACCCAAUGUCGAGACUGUUUUCAAAACAAGUUAGUUUCUCUUUUUCCAUUUCUUUUUUCUUUGCCAAACUAAUUUAAAGAUUAAUGCUAGAACUUUAAAAAUGCCAUAUUUAGCUUUUGCUAUAUUUAUUUGUUUUAAAGUAUGUGAUAAACUUGAUAUUUUUCUGUGGUCUGUCCAAAGAAAGUACCAGAAAAGAAAUUAUGUGGAAGAAAGAGAAUGAUAUUAACCAAAUACUCUUGAAGCUAAUUUAAAAUAUUGAUCCAACCAAAGAUUUUUAUUAAUAAAGGGCUUAUAUUUUGCUAACUCUUGUUUCUGUUGUAUUUUGACUUGCAGGAAUGUCACUAUUUUUCAAAUUUAUAACUUAUGAUAGCUUACUAUUAUGGGGCCAAAUCCUGCCCAGUUUAUUCACAUGAAAAGCAUUAUGCCUGGUAGUAAGUGUUUACAGGAUCAGGCCCACUGACUGCAAUAGAACUGUGAAUGUGAAUAAAUUAAGCAGAAUUUUGUCCACAAAUGCUGUUGGAAAAAUAUUCUUCCUUUCAUUCCUUGGUAGCCCAAAAGUUCUACAAGAAAGCCACAUAUGAACUACCUGUUCUGAAGACAAAUGUUAGGGAACUUCCUCUAAAGGAAUUUCAUCUGUAAAUAUUUAUCUAAAAGUGUUCCCGGCUUAAUACUGACAUUCCUGUAAAUAGUAAAAUUAUAUCCUGAACACAUACGUAUCAGAAUUUUUCUUUAUUUGCUGAAAUCAUGAAAUAGUAACAGUUGCUUAUACUUUCUUUUGUACAGUAAAAUGUUUGAAAUGGAAUUUUGUAUAUAAAAACUGUAUUACUACUUAGAUAACGAUAAGACUCUUUCAUGGAAUCAUUUUUUAAGAAAAGUAAAUAUAUACUAAAUCUC